UGGUUGAGAAACGUUUAAGUGAAAUGAAGAAACUUGACGGUGCUUAUGUUCCCCCGGUUGAUAUCUUACAAAAGUUUAUUGAACUAUAUGGUGAAGAUAUCGAUACCAUCACAGAUUCUAUAGUUACGGUUGUAUUUGCAUCUAUACAUACUACGUCAACGUUUAUUACUCAUGCUCUACAAGAAUUUGUAAAUAACCCGCAGAUUCACGAGGAAUUACUAGAAGAACAAGAACAACUGUUUAAAAGUAACGAAAAUGAAUAUUAUUCUAUUGAACAAAUUGCUAAAAUGGAAAAGUUAGAUA